GGGACUGUAUAGUACAUUCUCGAACGCAUGCGUCACAACUUGCUGUGCUUCCAAAUCUAUUUGAUUCUUGCAUUAUCUUGAGGUCAUUAGCUGGAGGGGUGUUUAGAUGGGGCGUUACGUUGAUGUAUUCAGGCCGAAUAAAUUAUGAGUUUGCAGGUUCAGUGAACAAAGAAUGGGUAUGGAAAGAUAACCUGUAUUACUUUCACUCGCUGAAGGUCAAGACAGAGUUGUGUUAUCACAGCGGUUGUGUCAAUACUAUCUGCUGGGAUGAUCGUGGAGAGUAUAUUUUGUCGGGUUCAGAUGACAGAUGUAUCGCUAUCGCUAACGCUUUUUCACAGGAUUCUGAAGGUCAAGACGUCUAUACUUUAAAGUUGCCCGCGUACAGUAAUAUUUUUACAGCGAAGUUUCUCCCUUUUUCUUAUGGAAGCGAAAUAGUUGUUGGCUUUAAAUGCGGUUGUGUUACCCAUGUUAAUCCUAAUUCUAGUAUAAAGGAUAGUCUCAAGAACGUUUUCUGCCACACUUUUGCUGUGUAUGACAUUCUUACUUUGCGAGAAAUGCCCACGUGCUUUAUAACACUAUCUCAUGACCAUUCAGCGACUAUUCUGGAUACCAGAACCACCUCCGUGCGCAAGAGUCCGAGUUGUAGUCGGGGAUGCUUCAACAACACAAACUCACCAUGGGUUUCAAAUUUUUCUGUUGUCAAUCAGUUAAAGUUUCAUUUUCCAGUAACGGCUGGUGAUAUCCAUCCUUUGAAUGGAUGUCGUUCAAUUGCGCUGGCAACUGCCGACGGUUUUGUACGUCUUUUCGAUAUUCGGAAGCUCGUUUCCACUUUGUCCUCUUCCGCAGCUGUGGGCGACCCACCCCAACCAAUGCCAUUUCGUGUAGCCAGACCUCUUGGUUUACCCGCGAAGAUAAAUUCGACCAAAACGUUCAGAUUAGAUUAUGGACCAGGUCAUAUAACGUCAGUCAAGUUUGAACCUAUCUAUGACAAGGAUCAUACUCAGUUUUUGUUACCUACUAGCCGUAAACAGUCACUUUCGUCGGACCUUGGUGGGAAACAUUUACUUGUCAGUCAUAUGUAUGCCCCUAUUUUUUUGUAUGAUCUUUAUUCAGAAGAAACGCUUAGCGACUCUGAAGUACAGCGACCUGAUUGGCUACCGAAUACGGAUACAUGCAGUGCAUCAUCGGAAACAGAAUCUCUUCGCUCAUCGGAAGAUAGCCUUAUUUCAGAUCCGAAUAUACGUUUAACUGUUGCUCUCUAUCGAUGGCUCACUCAGCAUCGAUCCAGAACAGAUGAAAGUGCUGUGGAUGAAGCAUCGACUGAACCUCAAACAGCGUCUUCAAGUCCUGCCGAAUCAACAGCUGGUCAAACUUCUUACACAGGCUCUCAGCGUGAACAAAAACUCCCUAUCGAUUACUUAACAGAUGCAUAUAUUUCUGACGUCAUAAAUUCUUCUCCAAGAUGUCGCGAAAUAAUGAAAUAUUGUGGUCGUGAAUGCUGUAGUACUGUGGUCAAAGUGUCAACAUUUUGGGGGCGGAAUUUUAUCCUGUCCGGAUCUGAAUGUGGUCAUUUAAUUGCAUGGGAUCGUAAUACAGGAAAGCCUGUACUUGCAAUUAAAGCAGAUACAUCUGUAGUAAAUCGAAUUAUUCCUCAUCCUCGUUUUCCAAGUUAGUUAACAUUACCACUAGUUUAGUAGAUUAUGUUGGCGUGCAAUCUUUUGUAUUUUAAACUACUUCAAAUGCGUAGUUUAACAGCCUUUCCCAACAAUAAAUGUUUGUUUAUUUUAUGGUUAUAACAUAGGUUAAAAAAUUCCUCCUUUGCUUUUUAUUUUUUCGUGUCAUAUUUGUCACUCGUACAAAUUGAACUAAAGACAGAAUACCUACUUGUAUUUGUUUAUUUUGUUGCUUUAACAUUAAUAUUUUAAUCUUCCAAUCCUUUAAUUGAUUUAGUGAUUGCUGUCAGCGGAAUUGAUCGGUCCAUAAAAAUAAUUGAACCUGAUCCAAAUGUAUACGACGAUGGUGAUGACCAUGGUGAAUCAGCGUUUAUGAAAGUAGUAAAACAGCAUGAAGAAGAAGCAAGUCAGGUCUGUUGACAUGUUUGUCUAACUUUAUCAGUAUUCUCUGCACAGAUAGACAAGCACAAAACGAAACUACUGUGUGGUGUUAAUUAUUAUAUUGUUGUAUGUUAGAUUGUGUUUUCUUACCACUCGUAACGAAAGUUGAAAAUCUAACCUAUAUUAUCAAUUACUAAAAUAUCCGGGAGAAGUAACGAUUAUUUAAUUGACAUCACUAUCCUGAACUACUGACUUUGGUGGCUUGGUUGUGUUAAGAAUUUAAUCCCUGUGACUUCCACAUCGUAUAUUAUCUGAUGCUAUAACGCGGUUCGGAGGGAAGUGGUAUUUUGCGAUAUUUUAUGAUAUGGCAGUGUAAGAAAAGUGUGAGAUGAUUUCCCGAUUUAGCAACCAAGAGAAGGUAAAUUAAUAUCGAAAAACUAGAUAACUAGUUUGGAAACUUAGAGUCGCUCUUUUUUUAUAACAAAAUGACAGACUUAUAAGCAAAGUCUAUGACCUGAUUUGACUGAAAAUCUACAAAUUAACGUUGCAUACACUAAUAGAAACCUCAAGUCUCUUAUUGACUGUCAAGAUAAGAGUACAUAUUCAUUUUAGCUGAUGAAUAUUUAACUCAUUUGUUUAUUUGUUUACUAAUUAAUGUUAUACAGUUAUGUCAGGCAAAUGAAAUAAGAACAAAAAAAAUGUUAAGUUCUGGUAAUAAUCACUUGGAUAGUAUCGCACGUCUACGAGCUGGUCGUGUUGCAAGAAUGAUCUUAUUACGGCUCGUUGAAGGGACGAACUCCAUAGAUUCAAGAGAUACGGAUACAAACACGUGAAGCUCGUCUGGCUGUGACUUUUCAUGAUUCUUGAUCUCUGUGCUUUCAACUGACUUAUUAUUUGUCAUUUGUUCCGAUUCAAAUUCAUUUUUUGGAGAAUCGUCUGCGACAUGCUUUUAUCCUCUUUUUAAAUUUCCCAUACCACAAAAUUUGUUAGUUAGUAUUUCGUCAAAUAAUCAUUUAUGUCUAUAAUAACGACCAUAUAUUUCAACGAAAUUUUCGCUGUUUUUAAUUUGCGAGUCAUAAGCACGAAACCAGCUAGCUACCUAGUUGUGAGAUAUCUGCUAUGACCUGUGGGGGGGUGUUCCUCCAUAAUAAUGCGAACGGACCGCAGCCAAGUAGUCUGCAUCUACCAACAUGGCUCAGACCAGAAGUUAGUGUCUUCAAUCAUUGAUGCCAUGUCUUGGUUUGGCUGCCCCCAACUUUCUUCCAACCAACACCGGUUAGCAUUGCGCGUUGUGGUAAUCGGUGUUCAGGCAUACGCAACACGUGGCCCAACCAUCUCAGUCGACGAAGAUUCAUAACCUCAUCAAAUAGUCGGCCAUCAUUCCCUAAUACCCUGCGUCUAGCCUCACUGUUACUCACUCGAUGAUCCAAGCAAUAUUUCUAAAGCAUCUGUGGUCAAAUACUAGUAACUUACGAGUAUCUUCUACUCUUAAAGGCCAUGUUCCGCAGCCGAACUGUCGCGCAGUAUACUCGUCCUUUUAUUGAUAGACGGAUAUCUCGCCUGCGCCAUAGAUGACGUAAGUUGGCGAAAGCCAAACGAGCUUUUCGAGUCUGUUCUGAGAUUCCCUCAGACAUCAACCCAUUAGGGCAGAUCAGACUUCCAAGAUAAGUGAAGUUGUCAACGCGUUCUACUAUUUCACUCCCUAUCCUUAGUUCAGGUGUUGACGCAGACCAGUCUUGAAGCAAUAACUUGCAUUUAGAGGGAGAUGAGCGCAUUCUGGCAUUGUUGCUCAGUGCUACCAAAAGAUCCUGCAUUUUAUCAGCGUCUUCACCAAGCAGGAUUAUGUCAUCUGCUUAUUCUAAGUCGAUAAGUUGACAGUCAGUUAAAGUUCAUUUCAGAUAGUUCAUACGGUGGUGGUCACAUAUCUAUCUAGUCUUUUUAGAUUUUUACUGAAUCACGCAAGUGACUAUUUCAAUAGUAUCACGCUCGCACAAGAACUGCUCACAACAUCGAGUGUUUAAUCUGAUGACAUUUGGAUCAUCACUACUUGUCACAACUAAUCUUUUACACAUCUAUAUUUGGACUGCUGUCCAAUUAGCUACAUUUCAAUAUCAUUAUAAUAGACAGUCCUCCUUAGGACACAAUCAUUAGCAUGUAAAGUUUAAGAAUAAAUGGCAGCAGUUAGAGUGAAUUCUAGCUAGAGUUACCAUAAAGCAAAUAAUCUAUUUUACAAAUUAUGUGGUAUAUUUUGAUUCAUAUUCUCCAAUAAACACCAACCAUAUUUGUUUAGAAUUAUUUUAUAGUAACUUUAUUCUGAAAAAGUUAUCAAAAUCUCAGUCUCUAGAGAUGAUAAACAUGAUAUUACCAUGAAGAUGCCACAGGUAUUCGGAGUUUGACAACGCUUUAACCAGUAACACCUAAUACGAAGCGCACCCACCAAGUAAAAUCAAAAGACAGAAGUGAGGAGAUCGAAGAUAUAUUUGAUAAGCUAUCAAUAUAUCGAGGAUCGUUUGGACUAAUCUGGCUAGCGAUUGCGGCAGAUGUUGAGCACGGCGUUCCCACACGUGAUCUGGUGCGGAUGCUUAACCGAGCGCCUCCAGCUAGAUGAGUCCACUAAAACUGUGGUCAGCAUCCAAUGUCGAAAACUUACAGAGCUAUUUGAUUUUGGGAAAUUAUUUACCGCUACAGAUCACUCCUCCCCUAGUGGGGUAGUGAUGACCCUAAGACGUGGCCAGCCAGGAGUUUAAACCCAACGAGUUUUUUCGUUGGUAAACACUUCUGAUAGCUUGCUAGGUUUAGCAGCGUCUGGUCGUCUUUCCUUACUAUAAUGGACCACGGUGUACAAUAUAGUAAAAAAAAGGUACAAUGAAGAUUUUCGUUUCUCGCAACUUCAUCGUCUUUUCCAGUCGUCCUGGAUAAGAAAAGAAAAAUAUGUAAGUGCAUGUCGGAAUACACUCGUACGCGCGUGAAAACACAAAACGGGCGAAGAAAAAGGAAAACAAACUCAUGCUCACGUAUUAGCGUAAAAAAAGGAUUUUUAUAAUAUCGUUAUUUUUUUUGUUUCUUCUUUUUUGAAAUAAAAAAGAUAAUAAAAAUAUAUAAGCAUAUUAA